AUUCUAGGUGGUUUUUAUUGCUAUGCAGUUAUUAGGGUGUUCUAGGUUUUUGUAUUUUGGCCCAAGUCAGAGCUCUUUUUUAUUGUUCACAAGGUGAAAAUCAUUUUGCUUCAAAAAAUAAUAGCGCACUUCUUUUCAACAACUAUCUUUUAAUUCUUGUCCACGGCACAAACAGUACAGGAUAAGAAAAGGGCCUGCAUAACUCAGUGUUACACAGGGGUAGAGAAUUAUUCAAAUCCCUAAACCUAAGUAUGAGCAUAAAUAAUAGUGAUAGUCUUAGCAAGUGCCAUUAAUGAGCACUAAUGAUGCAGAAUGAUAAUCUACAGGGACAAAUCCAGGCAGCAUGUACAGCAAUGAGAACCUGAGAUUUGAUCUGCUAAAAUUGCAAGCUAGACCCAUGACUUGGUACUUUUGAGAGAGAACAAACUCAAUAAAACUAAGGAGAAUAAAAGAUAUCACGGGGACAGAGUGAUUUAGAUAGCGGUCAGCCAAAGGAAGCAGAUUGAUAGGUUGGGGGAGUGACAAAAAGGAGAGACGGAGUUGCAGGAGGGGGUGAAGAGCGAAAGGGAAAGUGGAGCGCUGGGAAAAUUCAUGCUGUGUUAGCAUCCCUGAGCAACUCCAUCAAUACUGCAUACAGCUGAGUUACUGGCAAGAGUCCUGCUGCUGCAACCCCAACCUCCGCCUGAGAGAGAGAGAGAGAGAGAAUGCGAGAGAUCAGGAAGGUUUGUGGUGGGACUGUGCCUUGAUCUUGGGCUACUGCAGUAAAAGCGUGAGGAGGAGGCAGGAGAGGAGAGCGCUGCGCUCUGGAAUUCUCCACAGGAAAGAGGAAUAACACCAAUCCAGCUCCACAGAUAACAUCAGACCGGAUACCUAGUGAAAUUUCAUCGGGUUCCACACCUCUGGCCUUAUGCAGAAAACUCUGAGCACACCUGAUUGAGACAGGACCAGGCUGUGUAUCAUGUAUAGUCGCUGAUCUCUGAGAUGGCCGUGUGGGCCAGACGGGCCAAAAUUUCCCCCCUGCAGCGCUGCCUUCACCUCCUCCAGGGCCAGCGGCCCACCCUGUGCUUCUGAUCUGCCCAGCCCCGCUAACACCCAUCCUGGGCUUCCCUCUCAUCGGGCCACCUGGCUUCACUCCGGGCCCACCAUGGGAGGAUGCCUCUCCAAACCCAAACCAGUAGAGGUCAAAGUUGAGCUCAAUCUUUUGGACAAAGAGAAGGAGGUGGACCUGAUGUCUCCCAAUGGAAAGGCCAGUCCGUUUUCAGAAUGCAGACCCAACGGAUCUCUGGGACACUGUUCCGACGAGGACAGCAUGACCCUGCGGCCGCAGCGUAAACACAGAGAUUACAUAGAGGCAUCAGUCUGCCACGUAAAAGACCUUGAGAAUGGACAAAUGCGUGAGGUGGAUUUGGGAGCAGGUCGUGCUCUGCUCAUUAAGGAACAUGGAGAAUUCUUUGCAAUGGGACACAAGUGCCCACAUUAUGGGGCUCCACUGGUCAAAGGUGUGCUAUCAAAAGGACAUGUGCGAUGUCCAUGGCAUGGGGCAUGUUUUAACAUCGCUACGGGUGAUAUUGAGGAUUUUCCUGGCCUAGACAGUUUGCCUACAUUCCAGGUCAGAGUCGAAAAGGAGAAGGUGAUAAUAAGAGCAAACAAGCAGGCCCUUCAGACUCAGCGGCGGUCAAAGGCCAUGUCAAAAUGUUCAGCUGUCAUCAAUUCCAGCACUGGAUUCAGCCACGUUCUGAUUAUUGGAUCAGGUCCUGCUGCUCUGGUGUGCGCUGAGACUCUGAGGCAGGAGGGUUUCACUGACCGCAUAGUGAUGUGCACCAUGGACAAACAUCUGCCUUACGACAGGCCUAAACUGAGUAAGUCUUUAGAGAGCACAGCUGAGCAGCUGCAGUUGCGCUCCUCUGACUUCUUUCAAGUGCACGACAUAGAGAUACUGUUAGAGAAAGAGGUUGUUUCUGUGGAUGUGAAGACACGAACUGUGAUAUUUCGGGAUGGUUUUAAAAUGGAGUAUCGAAAACUCUUCAUUGCCACAGGGAGCAGACCCAAACCUCUGAGCUACAAAGGCAAAGAUGUGGGAAAUGUGUAUCACCUCAGAACACCAGAGGAUGCAAACGGCAUCGCUACACUCGCCAGCAGUAAGAAUGCCGUCAUUGUGGGAACCUCGUUUAUUGGUAUGGAGGUGGCCGCAGCUCUCACAGAUAAGGCUCACUCGGUGUCUGUGAUCGGCAUAGAGGCUGUGCCAUUCCGUAAAGCUCUCGGAGAGAAAGUGGGGAAAGCCUUGAUGAAGCUGUUCGAGUCGAACAGGGUGAAGUUCUAUAUGUUGAACGAGGUGUGGGAGAUGCGAGGGCAUAAUGGACAGUUAAAAGAAGUGGUUCUAAAAAGUGGCAAAGUCUUAAGAGCUGACGUCUGUGUUAUUGGCAUAGGCUCAGGUCCAGCCACAGCAUUCCUGAAGCAGAGCGGAGUGCACAUGGACUCCAAAGGAUUCAUCCCAGUCAAUAAGACCAUGCAGACGAACAUCAAUGGGGUCUUCGCUGGGGGUGACGUGGUAACGUUUCCUCUAGCUCAACGCAGCAAUAAGAAGGUGAACAUACCCCACUGGCAGAUGGCUCAUGUACACGGUCGAGUGGCUGCACUUAGCAUGAUGGGAAAGGCCCCAGACAUUAAAACGGUGCCUUAUUUCUGGACAGCCAUGUUUGGGAAAAGCAUACGAUAUGCAGGUUAUGGAGAUGGCUUUGAUGAUGUCGUCAUUCAGGGAGAUUUGGAUGAGCUGAAAUUUGUGGCAUUCUACACAAAGAGUGAGGAGGUGGUAGCCGUGGCCAGUAUGAACUACGACCCCAUUGUGUCACGGGUUGCAGAAGUCUUUCGCUCAGGAAAGACGAUUAGGAAACGUGACGUGGAGACAGGAGACAUGUCAUGGCUGAUAGACAAAGGCUCACAGUGAGAAUGUGCACAUCAUGCUCUCUGAGUUUUCCUUGCCAAACUUGGACGAUCUCCUGUGACAGACAUAGUCUUAGUGCUGCAGCUGCAGUUGGUUAAGUGGGACACUAGAUGGGAGACAUAUGCUGUCCUAAACUGAGCACCUGGGCCGUGCCGAGGACGUCGUCCCCAUGAGGUGGAACCUCUCCAGGCCUGGAUCCGUUCACAGCGCUAACAAAUGAGCCAUACCUGGUUUUCACCCUCUGUACUAGACAGGACAGCUCUCUCUCUCUCUCUCUUUCACUUUUUCUCGUGGGCUGGUCGACUCGGACCUCUCUGCUUUUGCAUGAAGCAUCUGCCUGUACACAGUGUUCACAGGAGAGCCGUUAUGGGGAAUUGUCAUAUUUUAUUUUGUACAUGCAACUUUGUAUAUAGCUGUUACCUGAAGAUACAUUCAAAAAAUAAGACUGCACUUUUUCUACCGAACCUCUGCUACUGAUUAGCCUGGCUACGAGAACGAAAACAGAUCUGAUGUCUGGCUCUCGUCGAAAUAUGCAGCUUCGCUUGCGGCAAUUUGUAGAUGUAGAGAGAGCAGAUGCAUGAAAAUUCAUAUGCAUAGGGCAUUAGUUUUCAUUAAGAAUUUCCCAAAGGAUUUUAAUGUGGUAUUAUUAUUCAGGGAAGGUGACAAGGUCCAUAUGUCAAUGUCUAUGAAUAUAAAUCAAAUAUAUGAUACAGUAUUAUCAUAUAUCACAAUUUAUGGGUGCAUAUCAUGAAACCAUAAUCAAAUGAAAUGAAAAGAAAAAGAAACUUAAACGAAAAGGAAGUUUAUUUUUAGGGCCAUUACUUUUUAGGUCAUAUAUAUAUAUAUAUAUAUAUAUAUAUAUAUAUAUAUAAUCACACACACACAUACUGUUUUACAUAUAUUUAAUAUUAUUUAUAUAUAUAUAUAUGUAUAUACAUACACACAUACAUAUAUACAUUAUAUAUAUAUAUAUAUAUAUAUAUAUAUAUAGUUUUUGGCAUUAUUUUCAUGGGAAUUAAGCACAUUUCCCCCCAAAGUCUCAUUACUGCAAUGUAUAAUUUAUUACUAUAAUAUCAUUCAUUUUCUUUUUCAGACAUUUUCUUUAUGCAAAAUGUAAUUUUAUCAUUUCAAAACUUAAAUGAUAGAUAAUAUAUAUUAUAAUAUAUAGAUAAUAUGACUUUGCGGUGAACUAUGACCUAGACUUGUUAUUGACAGGCUUCAUGAAUUGCUAAAUCUAUCUAUUAUUUAAUGCUCCCAGCCAUUAAGCAUUGCAAGUUCAAAUUUAUAGUAAAAUCUCCAUGGCAAUAAAGUGAUGCUGUCAUUUCGAAUGUUCUCACCCCAAACUGAAGCAUGAGCCCGUGCAGCAGGACUGGCCUGAAACACUCGCUGACCUUUAACAAUGACAAUAUACCUCUUGCUCAUGGGAACUGUGGUUGCCCUGCUAGUAAAUUGCACAAGACGACAAAUAUUUAAAGCUAUAACUUUAUCUAUAGAAAUGCUCGUAUUAUAAAAGUCGAGGCUUGUAUUUUUUGACUAAUCGUAAAGUGAUUUAUUGAUGACAGACUGAUUGAUUGUUGAUUGUAUUUUUAGAUUGUGCGCAAUAAUAAUGAAUGCUUUUCUUGUAGCUCUGACCUCCUAUAGCUUUUCUUUGGUACUAACUCAGGGAUUGGAGGUUUCAGUCAUAUGGGACAGGUUCUGGUGGAAUACAAAAUGAUGAAUAAAUUUGUUGCUAUAACAUUUUA